AUGUAUGUGUCGGGUUGGUCUGUUCUGACGCUGGUUGUGGCAGCACUCGUGACGGUCGGGGCGUUUCCGACGGACACGACAACCACGGCUCAAAAUCCCUCGGGCACCCGCUCAACUAAUGUUAAUACUCCCAACGGCACUGGGUAUAAUGCAAUGAACAGUUCCGAGUCCAGUAAUACGAGCUAUUCUAAUAAUGACAACACGAAUACGAGUUCUCGGGAUAACUCAAGUAGUAUGAAUGUAAUCACUAGUGGCAGCGGAGCAAUUUCGCAAGGCGGAGCAGCACCUUACAUAAGCAAUAGGAACAACGGAGACACGAAAACGACGUAUGUAUCUCCAGGAGUUGGAGGCAAUGGAGGAUAUACAGGAAAUGGAGGAAAUGGAGGAAUUGGAGGAAUUGGAGGAUAUGGAAAAUAA